AUGGCGCACAGCUGUCGGUGGCGGUUCCCCGCUCGGCCCGGAGGGAGCUGCAACUCCGGUACCGGGAGGAGAGCGGGCCGAAUCAGGGUUACUGCCUCUUUACGGAGCGUCUCGGGAGCCCACCCGAGCGCCGCCGGGCUCGGACCCGGUUUUGACGCUGCACUACAGGUCUCUUCGGUUAUCGGGAGCAACCUGCAGAAAUUUCGGGAUGUUUUGGGGGAAUCGAGUGACUCGAGCAGCGGGGAGGAAGAAGCGUUUCGAGGAUUUGGACCGGUGGCUGAGCAAAAAACAAUACAGAGCCCUUCAACAUCACCUUUAGGCCUACCCAUACAGGAGAAGAAGCCCAGAGGCCGCCCCCCACGGGCCCUGACUACCCAGAAAGCUGCUGCUGGGCAACCUUCCCUAUCCUCCCUUCCCUCCCCGACACAGGCGAAAGCUGAAGGCCCUGAAAGGCCAGCUGAGAAGGUGAAAAGGCUGCCUGGAAGGCCACCUGGCACCGGGGAAAAGAGAAGGGGUCGACCCCCGUCUUCAAGUAGCAAGAGAGCUUGGAGCACAGGCAGCCAUGCAGCAGGGGAGGAUAGAAGGCAAGCAGGGACAGAGCUGGCUAUGGAAACAGAGGAGGACAAGGACAGAAAGGGCGCCAAGACCGGCCAGUCACAUGACACAGAGUCCAGGUUUCCCAAAGGUGGGCGGGAGGAAUCGAAAGUUACCACCCUAAAGAGGCUGAGGGCGACUAAACUCAGUCCUCUCAAGUCAAGGCUCAAGACUUUGCCCGGUGUACCAAGACGCAGACGCGGGCGACCGCCCUCAGCCGAGCGACUCAAAGCGGAGGCUGCCGCCGCUGCUGCACAGCUGUCCACCACCAUUGAAUGUGAGGAACACGAGGCCUUCCGGGCCAGAGGCGCAGAACCACACACUCCCCAGCAUGGGCCGCCGAGGAGUGCGGAUGGCACCGAGUACUCUUCCAAUCCACCUGCCUCGCCGUCGCCCUCCAAGGCGGUGGGCCUCAGAAAAAGCCCUCGCCAUAGAAAGCCCGUCCGGAUUGUCCCCUCCUCCAAACGCACUGAUGCAACCAUCGCCAAGCAGCUGCUGCAGCGCGCUAAGAAAGGAGCGCAGAAGCGGCUGGAGAAAGAGGCUGUCUCCAUUGGGGGGAGCGGGACGGGUGCCGUCGACUCUGGUAUCAGGAAGACCCAACUGAAGAACAUCCGGCAGUUCAUCAUGCCCGUGGUCAGCACCGUCUCCCUUCGCAUCAUCAAAACCCCCAAGCGCUUCAUCGAAGACGAGGGCAACUUUGGAACACCCCCACCCCAUAUGAAGAUAGCGCGGUUGGAAGCAGCCCCGCCCUCUGUGUCAACAUCUGCCCAGCUCACCUCCACCUCCGCCGCCUCGUCUUCCCCCUCCCCCGUACUGGUCUCCUCUGCUCCCGCUGCCACCGGCGCCGGCACCGCCGCUCCGGUCGACUCCCUUCCCCCUCCUCUUCCUCCUCCUCCUGCCCCUCCCCCUGCGCCUCUCCCCACUGCUCCAUCGACAGCUGCCAGUCUGCUCAGCACCAACGGCAACAACACCAACAGCGCCGCCAACGGGCGAUUCAGCAGCAGCGCAGCGUCGUGCGGCUCGAGCGCUGUGUCGCAGCACUCCUCGCAGCUCUCCUCCGCGGAGUCUUCCAGGUCCAGCAGCCCCAGCUUGGAUGACUCAUCGUGCGACUCCCAGGCUUCCGAGGCCACUCAGGCCUUGUCGGAGCCGGAGGAUCACUCGCCGUCCUCGCAGGGAGUGAGGGAAGCCAACCUGUUGCACAGCUCACGGCCGCCCUCUCCCCCCUCCGAGCCGGAGCACGUGUUGGCCGAUAGGAGCCGGCGAGGGCGGCGAGGACAGGGGGGCGGCCGGGGAAGCCAGAGGGCGAGGGAGACUCUCCCCACUGGUGCGAAAAAACCUAUCAUCAGCCCCCCAACGGGAGUUCUCAUGUCCUCCUCCGCACAUGUAAAUUCCCAGCAAGCUUCAUCCACAGCCUCCUCCUCUUCGUCGCCGCCACCUCCCCCUCUCCUCACGCCACCGCAGCCGCCCCAGUCGGCGUCCUCCAACUCAGCCGCCAUCAGUGAACACCACUCGCAGUCGCCUUGGAUAAGUCACCCCAUCCCUCCAUACCUGUCUGGGCCGUCGGCGUUGUCCAGCCUGUCAGACAAACGAAGCCGCUCAAUUCUGAGGGAGCCCACUUUCCGGUGGACGUCCCUGUCCCACCCCGAACAGCAGUACUUUUCCUCAGCCAAAUACGCCAAGGAGGGCCUCAUCCGCAAGCCCAUAUUCGACAACUUCCGCCCUCCCCCUCUCACGGCUCAAGACGUGGGGUUGUUGCCCCACGGCGUCGGUGGAGCAGGGGCAGCCGCUCCGGCGGUAUUCCCCGCGGCGGGCGGCGGAGCGGGCACAGGGACCCGUCUAUUCGCCCCCCUUCACCCACACGCUCACCACCAACAUCCCUCUUCGUCCCGCUUCGACACACCGCCGCAGCAGAAGCGCAGCCCGUUGCUCCGCGCGCCGCGCUUCACGCCCAGCGAGGCGCACUCCCGGAUAUUUGAGUCCGUCACCUUGCACUCUUCUUCCGGAAGCAGCCCCGGCUCUCUCUCUCCGCACCAGACUUCGUCAAGCUCCAGCCGGAGCUCGCGGCGCCGCAGGCGGUUGGUCUCGGGGACGCCCCGUGGGCACCCGCGGUCUCCCUCCCACUCAAUGACCAGACGCAGCAGCCAAAUAGGAGGGCCCAUGUCAAUGGGCAAAGGCUCCUCCUCCGAGAUGUCCGUGCUGACAGGCUCUGUUCCCUGUAGUAAUCCCGGCUCUUUGCCAGGGGGUUCUGCAGGUCCACUAGCCACUAGUGCCUUAACUCCUCCUUUCAGCGCCUUCUCCAACGUAUCCAUUGGUUUGGCCCCACAAGGGCCAACUGAUAGCAGGAGAGGGGCUGCGGGAAACCCACCUCCUUUGUCCACUACGUCAUCCACUUCUUCCCCACUUUUCCCUCUCUUUCCUUCCAGUGCCCAGGACACAGGGCGAGGAGCUGGGAAAGGAGGUAAAGACCUAAACACCUUGUCAGCUCCCCAGGAACCCGCUCAAAAGGAGAAAGAAAGGGAUUCUGAGAGAAACCGAGAGAAAGAGAAGGAAAACAAGAGGGAAUCAAGAAAGGACUUGGAGAAAAGAAGUAAGGUUUCUACACCAGAUGGCUCUCCCCAUACACCUUCCAGCCUGUUUACUGUGGAUGGGAGGGACUCUGAAGAUGCCCUUCAGCCUAUGCCUACAAAAAAGGCUCCAGGGAGAAAGAAAUCCACGUCAGUUGACACAGUUUCUGACACUGCUUCCUCAGACGUCCGUGGGCCCCAUUCCACUGUUCCCAUAUCUAUUGCUAAAGGACGUCUAUCUAAGAAGAACAGAUCCUCUGAGAAAGGACCAGAGACGGAGGAGGGGGAAAAGGAGAAAGAGAAACAAAGUGCUCCUAGCCAGCAGACCGCAAGCCUUCCAGGGCAGCCAAGCAGACAACAGCUCCCUGUCUCCUCUCUUGGAUCAAUGUUGGCACAAGCAGAGAAGCAGCCUGUGACCGACAAGCGUGUAGUUGGACUACUAAAGAAGGCCAAAGCUCAGCUCUUUGCGAUAAAGAAGAGCAAACUGAAGCCUGCAGAGCAGACAAAGGGCCAGGGUCAGGAGAGUGACUCGUCAGAGGCCUCAGUCCGCGGUCCACGCAUCAAGCACGUAUGUCGCCGGGCAGCCGUGGCUCUCGGCCGUAAUCGGGCCGUGUUCCCCGACGACAUGCCCACACUUAGUGCCUUGCCCUGGGAGGAGAGAGAGAAGAUCCUAUCUUCCAUGGGGAAUGAUGAUAAGUCAUCAGUAGCAGGCUCCGAGGAGGCAGAGCCUCAGUCCCCUCCAUUAAAGCCACGGGAGACGCGGCAAAAGGCGGUUCAAGAAGCUCCUCCCAAGAAGGGGCGUCGGUCGCGGCGCUGUGGCCAAUGCUCAGGUUGCCAAGUUCCAGAAGACUGUGGUGUCUGUACCAACUGUCUUGAUAAGCCUAAAUUUGGAGGACGGAACAUCAAAAAGCAAUGCUGCAAAAUGAGGAAGUGUCAGAACUUGCAGUGGAUGCCCUCAAAGAUCUUACUUUUGAAGCAAGGCAAAAGCAAGAAAGACAAGAAAAAGAACAAGUCGUUUGAGAAGAAAGAAGGUGUCAUUCCAGGAAAAGGACUGGUCUCAGAGCCCGGCCCUAAACCCCCUCCUGCCCCACUAAAGGAGGAACCUCUCCGCAAAAAGAGCGAAACUCCACCGCCGAAGUUGGGAGAGGAGAAGUCGAGACAGCAGCCCCUGUCAAAGCAAUCUUCAACGUCCCUCGCACCUUCCCCCGCCACAGUCGAACCUCCGCAGGCGCCCGGCACAGUCGCAGCCCAGACUCUGUCUCCGGCCCUCACGCCAGAUGCCAAACCGCUGACACUCACGAGCUGUGUCGCCAGCAAGAAGGGACACAAACCGCAGCGCUCCGUUACAACCUCGUCCUCCUCUUCCUCCUCGUCCUCCUCGUCCUCCACCACGUCGUCGUCCGCCUCAUCCUCAACAGCUUCCUCUCCGUCGUCUUCAGCCCAGAGUUCCCCCUCCCAGUCGACGCAGUCUCACCAACUGUCGCAGCAGCAGCGUCCCCUCACCAGUCAGGCCCCUACGAGAAAAGACGCUUCCCCCAAGAUUUCUCUGAGCGAGCCCAAGAAGAAGCCCCAGCAGCAGUCGUCGCAACAGCAGAGCUCAACUACAACUACAUCAGAUAUUGGUGAAUCAAAACAGUUAAAAAUCCCAACCUCCCGUUCUAUUCCUCCAUCUCCCAAACAGAAAACAAAAGACAAGCCGCUGACCACCAAACCCCCCGGCAGCAGUACUUUAAACUGGCUAAGCACUCCCUCGACUAGGGGCCAGGCGAAAUCCAGAGCGCCCUGCGACGGAGUGCAUCGUAUCAGAGUGGAUUUCAAGAGAGACCUUGAUGUGGAGAAGGUUUGGGAGGCUGGCGGCCUCAGCCUGCUCACCUCUGUGCCUGUUACGCCCCGGGUCCUCUGCUUCUUAUGUGCAAGCAGUGGAAAUGUUGAGUUUGUCUUCUGCCAGGUGUGCUGUGAACCGUUCCAUCUCUUUUGCCUGGGGGAGUCAGAGCGCCCCCUCCAGGAACAGUUUGAGAACUGGUGUUGUCGACGAUGCCGGUUCUGCCAGGCCUGCGGACAUCAGCACCAGAAAACUAAACAGCAGCUGCUUGAGUGUGAUAAGUGCCGUAACAGCUAUCACCCAGAGUGCCUGGGUCCCAACCACCCUACUAGACCCACCAAGAAGAAGAGAGUCUGGGUGUGCACCAAAUGCGUGCGUUGUAAGAGUUGUGGAGCCACUAAACCUGGGAAGUCCUGGGAUGCCCAGUGGUCACAUGACUUCUCCAUGUGUCACGACUGUGCCAAACUCUUUGCUAAAGGAAACUUCUGCCCUUUGUGUGACAAGUGCUACGACGACGAUGACUACGACAGCAAGAUGAUGGAGUGCGGCCGUUGCAAGCAUUGGGUCCAUGCCAAGUGUGAGAAUCUGACAGAUGAAAUGUAUGAGCUGCUAUCAAAGCUGCCAGAGAGUGUGGCCUACACGUGUACCAAGUGUACCGAACGCCAUCCGGCCGAGUGGAGGACGGCGUUGGAGAGAGAGCUUCAGGGAUGCGUUCGCCAUGUUCUCACUGCGCUGCUCAACUCACGCACAUCCUCACACCUGUUACGCUACAAACAGGCGGUGAAGCCUCCAGAGCUGAACCCAGAGACAGAGGAGAGUCUUCCAUCGCGCCGCUCCCCAGAGGGCCCAGAUCCUCCUGUCCUGACAGAAGUCCCAUCCACACCUCCCAGUAACUCCCCUCCAGAUCUUGAGUCUGUUAACAAAAAGAUGGAUCAAGGUCGCUACAAUUCAGUGCUGGAGUUCAGUGAUGACAUCACACGAAUCAUUCAGACUGCCAUCAAUAGUGAUGGGGGCCAGCCUGAAAGCAGGAAAGCCAACAGCAUGGUCAAGUCUUUCUUCAUUCGGCAAAUGGAUCGAAUCUUCCCGUGGUUCAAAGUAAAGGACUCCAGGCUCUGGGAAAGGCAAAAAGUCUCUGCUAACAGCGGGCUUCUCCCCAAUGCUGUGCUGCCUCCGUCCCUGGACCACAACUACGCGCAGUGGCAGGAGAGACAGGAGCUUUCCCGCGCUGAGCUCCCCCACCUCAUGAAAAAGAUCAUCCCAGCUCCUCGGCCCAAGACCCCUGGCGAACCAGAUUCUCCAGCCUGCCCUCCCCAUCUUCCUUUAUCUCUACCUCCACCACCCCUACUCCUUUCGGAUCGUGACGACAGCCCAGAGCUCCUUCCUCCGCCAGGCAUUAGCGAUAACAGGCAAUGUGUUCUGUGUCUGAAGUAUGGAGACGAGAACACUAAUGAUGGCGGCAGGCUGCUGUACAUCGGCCAGAACGAGUGGACCCAUGUGAACUGCUCUCUGUGGUCGGCUGAGGUGUUUGAAGACGACGACGGCUCUCUGAAGAACGUCCACAUGGCUGUUCUCAGGGGAAAGCAGCUGCGCUGUGAGAAGUGUCAAAAGCCAGGGGCCACAGUUGGCUGCUGCCUCACCUCCUGCACCAGCAACUACCACUUCAUGUGCGCACGCCAGUGCCAUUGUGUCUUCCUGGAGGACAAGAAAGUUUAUUGUCCAAAACACAAAGACCUCAUUAAGGGAGAAGUGGUGUCUGGGUUCGAGGUGACCCGCAGGAUACUCGUGGACCUGGAGGGCAUUCGUCUCAGGAGGAAGUGGCUGGCGGGACUGGAGCCUGAAAAUGUUCACAUGAUGAUAGGCUCCAUGACCAUUGAUUGUUUGGGGAUACUGACAGAAUUCUCAGACUGCAAGCGUAAACUCUUCCCUGUAGGAUACCAGUGCUCGAGGGUGUACUGGAGUACCUCGGAUGCUCGGAAGCGCUGUGUGUACACCUGCAGGAUACUCGUUUGUCACCCUCCUGUGUUAGAGUCUGACCUGAAAAACUUGAUGGCUCCUGAGGAGAAUCGCACGAUAGCACACAGCCCACCCAUAGCAGAUUUUCCAGAUCCAUUUGAAUCCCCAAGGCGUUCCGACACCCUUUCCCCUGCCAACACACCCAAGCUCAGGGUUUACAGCAGGAACCGACACCCCAGCUACCCCCCUUGUCAGCGCUCAAUAGGUCCAAGGCCCAUGCCUUCUCCAGGUGGUACCUCUCAGCCCCAAAGCCAUGAGAUUGUGACAGUAGGAGAUUCCCUGGUGAACCCCAGCAUGCGGAAUAUUGACUCCCGUCGCCACAGCUCCCCUUCUCUCUCUCCUCCUCCCCACCAGUUCAACAGACAGAGAAUGGUGACCCCCUCACCUCAGGUUGUGUCACGAUCCCUUACCUCACCCCCGCCUCUCAUCCCCUCCCCUGCCCGAGACCCCGAAAAGGCCAAACACCUCAGCAAAGAGUCAGCAAAGGGUCCAGUCCAAAGAGACGAUGAAAAGGGCAGAAUGUAUUCCACGGACAGAAAUAGACAUCAACCAAACAAAGACCAAGGGUUGAGAGAUUCCAACAAGGGGAGGACAUCAGGUCAGGACCAAGCUUCUAAAGACUCCGACAAGAAUAGAUUGUCUAGAGAACUUGGGCCAAAAGACUCUGACAGGGGCGACAUAUCAGCCAAAGAGUCAGAAAAAAGGAGAUCGUUGAGUAAGGACUCGGGUGUGAAAGAAUCUGAGAGGAGAAGACCGCCCAGUAGAGAUUCUGAAAAGGGGAGACAAGUAAAUAGAGACUUUGAGCGAGGGAGGCAGACGAGCAGAGAUUCAAGCAAUAGUGUUACCGAUAAAAGCAAAUCGUCCUCUAGAAAUCCCAACUAUAAGGAUGUUGAAAAAGCUUGGUCUCUGAGUAGAGAUGCAGGGUUAAGGGAGACCGGAAAAGACUCGGCUCAAGGUAAAGACAGACCAUCGAGCAGAGACUCUGACAAGGCUCGACCUCCCUCAAGAGAUUCCAGCAAUAGAAGCACAGAGAAAAACAAAGACUCUGGCCCAGGGAAAGACAAUAAUCCCAGCAGUCAGUCCAAACAGACUGCAGGCGAGAGUAAGAGUGCCAGACUGCCACCUGCAGGCUCAGGCCAGUCCUCCCCUCCUGUGGGCACUGCUGUUCUCACUGGUCAGCAGAGAGGUGGCAGCAUGAGGCUGAGCGACAGGCAAGGGAAACACGGCAGCAAAGAACAGGAUGUGUCUGCAAGCUUUUUGCCCCGUCACCGGGCCACCCCAACCUUCAACAUCAGCCAGUCUAAAGACAAGCCCAGCUCAGGAAAGGAGAGUAGUAGUGGCCCUGGAAAUGUAGUGCCGGCUUUGCUCCAUAGGGACUCUGUUGUCGGGAAAUACGGCUCCCCACAGUCUUCAUUUCAGAAAUCCACUUUACGGAAAUCAAACGAUUACUCAUCGGGUCCAGCCACGGCCGCGGGUAUGAAACCGGCGUGGCCGGCCAGGACACCAGCAGAAGAGGAAGUUGUCAAGCGAGGCUCCAUGCACCUGGCCCCCACAGCUGCAGCCUCAGCUGCCAAAGAGAAACACCCCAAAGUUAAGAUGGCAGGCAGCAGAGAGUUGUCCAAAGACCGGGAAAGAGAAAAAACUCUCCAAAACAGCAACAUCAGCAACAAAAUCCCCCUUCUCAACAAUAAUAUUAAAGCUACUGGCAGCGCCAAUGCACAAGCUACAACCCCCAACUCACACAACAGCACAAACAGCAAAGCCCAAGUGCUGGGUAACAGCACCAAAGCCCAUGGGAAGGCUCAGGGGGAAAAGCUUGAGAACCACGGGGGGGACAGGCCAGUGUCAAAGAGCAGAGAAAAUUACUCUGGUCCUGAGAGGAAAAACAGCUCCUCCCUGGACAACUUGCAGCAGCUGCAACCGGGUGGUUUAGCUCCAGAGAAAGGAGUGAAGAUCGCUUCCCAGUCUCACCCUAAACCAACAGCUAAUCAGCUACCGUUGUCCUCCAGAGAGAAAAAGAGACCAGUCAAACCUUCUCCUGUACCUCCGCUAAAGACUGACGUCAAGACCGACCCAAAUGGGACCAGCGCUGUUGGCGGUAUUUCUUCCUUGUGUCCCAUGACUACGUCCACUGCCUCUCCUGCCGGCCAGGGGACCCGUCGCUCUGCUCUCUUCUCCCCCUCGGGCAGCAGCAGCGACAGUUCCGAGUCGGACACGCGGACUCGGAUGGAGGAGGAUUUGCGCCAGGAGCGCUCGCUCAGCAAGCUGCAAGACCACCACAACCUCCUCGCCAGAGCCACGGAGGAUGAGGGCGACGGCCCGGAAGAUGACCACGACAGAGGCAUGGACGAUAAGCAUCACGAGGACGACAGCGACGGGUCGGGCUCGGCGAAACGGCGCUACCCCCGACGUAGCGCGCGCGCCCGCUCAAACAUGUUCUUCGGCCUCACGCCUUUCUACGGCGUCCGCUCGUACGGCGAAGAAGACCUUCCCUUCUACGGCAGCGGCGACGGCGCCGGCGCCGUGGUCAAGCGGAGGGCCGGUGGCCGCAGGAAGUCGGCCGAGGGGCAGGUGGACGGAGCGGACGAUAUGAGCACCUCCUCUUCGUCGGGGGACAGCGGAGAGGAUGAAGACAGCGCGAUGAUGCAGAGGGGCACAGACCCGUACUACUACAACUUCACGCGAACAAUAAUAAACCCCGGCGAGGCCCUGCCCUCGAUAGAAGGGAUAGACCGCUGCCUGGGCCGGGGGUCCCAGCUGCAGCGUUUCCUAAAGGACGAGGAGCAGCAACAGAGGGCGCAAGGAAAGGCCGAAGAGGACAUGCUGAGUGCUCUGACCCUGGGCAAGCAGCGCAUCGGCCAGCUCGACGGUGUCGACGACGGAUCGGAGAGCGACACCAGCACCUGCACCGCCAGCACCACCAGCACCACCACCACUGCAGCCACCUCUUCGUCCACACCACAUAAACGUGCUCCCAAGAGAAGGGGCAGAGAGCGACACACUGAGAAACCGGACUCCCGUGACUCGAGCAAGGAGGCUGACGGCAGCGGCGGAGCUGUAAGCGGCGGCGUGCGGGAAGGCCGAAAGAACCAGAAAGAAAACUGUCUUCCCCUCGGAGGCGGGGUCAAGUCCCAGCCGCAGAGUCAGAGUCAGGAUCCUCUCGAGGCCCAACUCUCUCUCAGCACGGACCUUCUUAAAUCAGACUCUGACAACAACAACAGUGAUGACUGUGGUAACAUUUUGCCAUCCGAUAUCAUGGAGUUUGUCCUCAAUACACCUUCCAUGUCAAUGCAGGCUCUGGGUCAGCAGUCUGAGCCGUCCUCCUCAGAGCUGCUGCUGGACGAGGGCUACGUUGGAGUGGAUGUCAACCGGCCCAAAGACAUACUGUUUGAUGACUUUUCCCAGCAGCUGCCCAGUGCUGAGAGUGGAGCUGGGGUGGAGAGCAGUGUGAACAGUUCCAUAUCUGUAGAGGAGCCGUAUCUUCCUUUGGAGCUACCUUCUGACCUCUCUGUCCUGACCACACGCAGCCCCUCCGUCAACGCCGGUCAGAACCACACUGCUGGGAGUCUCAUCUCUGAGACCACAGACCGCACCAUGCUGGGCUUGACCUCUGACCCAGAGACAAUCCGUGGAGAGAAGACUGGGGACAAGAAAAGAGCAGGGUCAGGGGUGUCCGCAUCGGAAAAUCAGCGUGAUGCCAGAUCAGCUUUGGGGAACAGGGACACUGAGGGUCACAUGACUCCGGAGCAGUUUAUUGGCAGCCCUGCCAUAGGCCAAGUGGUUAAACCUCUAGGUAACCAGGAUGUUCCCAGGAGUUCUGGCACACCUGGUUUGCCAAGUUCACCCUCCCUGCCUCUUCAGGGUCAGAAGUACAUCCCGGUAUCAGCUGCAGCUGUAGGCAGUCCCAGUACAGUCCCAGGACCGUCCCAGACUCAGGUUUCCAGCCCAGCAGUCAUCAAACCAGGCCCUGACAAGCUCAUCGUGGUCAAUCAGCAGUUCCAGCCUCUCUACGUUCUCCAGACCGUCCCCAAUGGCGUCGCCCAAAAAAUGAGUGCCGCGGGGGUGAUGGACACAAGCUCUGCAGCAGUGCUGAGCUCUAUGACACUCACCACCGGGCUGAAUACUGCUUUAUCUACGGCGCAGUCGAUAUUUCCUGCUGGUGGCAAAGUCCUGGGCACCAUGGCUCAUCCAUCCCAGAUUCACACCUUUACAGGAACCACACAGACGGGCUUCCAGACCGGAAUUCCCAGCACGACCUCAGGACUUCUCAUUGGGUUGCCCCACGACCAGUCCCAGAUUCUGGUCUCGGAGGCUGGUCGCCGGCACGAGCUGGGUCCCGGUGUCGCCAUAGUGUCCAGUCCUUCCUCCCUCACUUCUUCCCAUACUGUGCUCGCAUCUGCUCACGGCAAGAAGAGGCCCAUAUCUCGUCUUCAACCAAGAAAAAGCAAGAAGCUGGCCCGCUCCCGUAGCCAGCCCACUCUGGCCCCAUCGGAAGUUGGCCGCCCCAACAUGAGGCUCAUCAACCUGUCUUCCCCUCAGAUUACUGCCAGCAUCUCUGGCCAACCCGGUGGCCUGGUUGAGUUAAGCACCCUCUCCGCUUCUCAGCGCAAGGUCCCAAAUAUCAUCAAGAGACCAAAAUCGGGCGGGGUCAUGUACUUGGAUCCCACUACUCUCCUUCAGCAGAGGAUCCCUGGUACAGCCCAGGCUGGUAUCCUGGGCCGUGAUUCCUCCACCCACCUUAUACCUUGCACAGUCUCUGGUCUCAACUCCAGUCAGUCAGUGCUAAAUGUUGUGUCGGUGCCCCCUAGUGGCGCCGCUGGCCUUCUUGCACCAGGAUCGGUUUCCCUCUCCACCCCGGUCCUCAGCUCGACUGAUAUCACCGGGCCGAUUGGCAACCUCCUGUUCAAAGCAAGCACACAUGGCUUGGGCCUCCAAUCAGCUGGGGCUCCGCUGAUAUCACACAUCAGCUCCUCUGUGCAGACGUCUAUCGCCAGCAGCAUCUGCGUCCUGCCAACCCAACAGACUAUCAGCAUGGCUGUCAACCAGCGAGGAGAGACGGAGGUCACUAAUAUCCACUUACAGCACCGAUCUCAGCGCAUAGGCAGAGCCCAGGACUCCAGUCCAAACACCACGGUUAGCUUUGCCACCUCGCGAGGCCCCGGCAAUAGGCGCCUUGUUGGAGUGUUCACCCAAACUCAGACCUCCACACACUCACAGAGCAGUAGAACAACUCCCAUCUCCAGAUCAUCGGAGCAAAGGCCGCCCAACUCCACCACUUUAGGCGCAGAAAAGGCCAAACCGAAAUCAAAGAGGAGCAGACAGAGUCCGGACAUAACCAGUGUGAAAAAACUCAAGGCGUCUCAGGCAGAGGAGCAUCAAAGCAACCCUGCAGGACGACAUCACUCAAAGCCAAGCAGUUCCAAAGAGCUGAGCUCCUCAGAACCCAUGGACACGGGAAAACCUGCAGACAAGGCAACCAACAAGAGUGUGCUCGGGAAAAAGAAGACAUCUGAAACUCCUGUGUUAGCGGGAAAAGUGUUGGGGAAAGACCAACCAUCUGCAGCUGGCGGAACAGGGUCUCUUCCUGUGGCUUCACCACCCGACCAAGAUGGCAACAGCAAGGACACCAGCCUGGACAGCGAACCCAAGAAGGGUAUCAUUUUUGAAAUCUGCAGUGAGGACGGCUUCCACAUCCGCUGUGAGAGUAUCGAAGAAGCUUGGAAAUCCCUGACCGAUAAGGUGCAGGAAGCUCGCUCCAGCGCACAACUCAAAGAGCUCUCCUUUGAAGGUGUGAAUGGAUUGAGGAUGCUGGGAGUCGUCCACGAGGCGGUGGUCUUCCUUCUCGAGCAGCUCUACGGCUCCAGACACUGUCGGAGCUACCGCUUCCGCUUCCACAAACCAGAGGAAACCGAUGAACCUCCUGCCAACCCCCACGGGUCGGCCCGUGCAGAGAUCCACCACAGGAGGUCGGUAUUUGACAUGUUCAACUUCCUGGCUUCAAAACACCGCCAGCCUCCUGAGUACAGGCCGCAAGAAGAUGAUGAUGACGAAGGGCAGCUCAGGUCUGCCAGGCGUGCUUCCAUGGAGCUACCACUGGCUGUGAGGUUCAAACAGCUCAAGGCCAUCUCUAAAGAAACUGUUGGAGUCUUCAGGUCACCUAUUCAUGGCCGAGGUCUGUUCUGCAAGAAAACCAUUGAUGCAGGCGAGAUGGUCAUUGAAUACUCUGGAAACGUCAUUCGCUCCGUGCUCACUGACAAACGGGAGAAAUAUUACGAUGGAAAGGGGAUUGGCUGUUACAUGUUCCGUAUCGACGACUACGAGGUGGUCGAUGCCACGGUUCACGGCAACGCCGCCCGCUUCAUCAACCACUCCUGUGAGCCCAACUGCUACUCUCGGGUCGUCACCGUGGACUGUCAGAAGCACAUUGUCAUCUUGGCCUCCCGGCGCAUAUACUGCGGAGAGGAGCUGACCUACGACUACAAGUUCCCCAUCGAGGACGCCAGCAACAAGCUGCCCUGCAACUGCGCCGCCAAGAAGUGUCGCAAGUUUCUCAACUGAAUAUCUGAAAAGUAUGAAAGGGGGACCGUCGGUGCCACGGCGUUCCGAGGUCCUCCCUGCGGGGGGGUUUGCCGUGGCAUGGACUUGACACGACGAUUUCCUGGGUCCGCCUUCACGUAAAAAAAACACGCCGCUGCCAACGGGGGUCAGUGGUUUGGCGGCUGAUGUGGGCAGAGGCAGCGGCCGCGGGGCGUUCUUUACAAACAGGAAGGGCCAUUUUGGAGGAGGGGGCCACUUGUGGAAAUUCAAACAUAUUGUGCCUCCUUUUGUCUCAUUUACAUUUGCCAUGGGAAGUUUUGCCUCCAGAGGUGAGUUAUGAACAAGUUUGAGCCUUCACAGCAUCGCGAUAUAACAAUAACCUUUAUUUAUAUUUGAAUAAAAUUGCCCCGUAAUCAUUUCUUACAUUGGCCCAACCUAAUUUUCUAGAAGUAUGUUAUGGUCCACUAAUGAGAUGUUAUCAAUCAUUAGUUCAAAAUUCAAGAACUUGGUUCCACUUUACACCAAAGUGCAAUUUGUUGAAGGGACUCGAACUCAUUUUAAUUGAAAAAAGGUUAGAAAUCUUUUUUGUGUUUGUGUGUUUCAUUUGAUAAAUCUCAGUGAAGCGCAUCUCCCUCUCUGAAUGUGCCCUGAUGCCUCCAGAGCCGUUGGGAUUUACUGAAACCCCCCCCCCCAGCCCGCCCGCCCCGCCCUAGUGUGUUUUUGUACAUUAAACACUGUAAAUAGGCGCUGCUUGAGAAUAAGCAGCCUGAGAAGCGCCGUGCAGGUGAAAACACCAGGGGGCGCAGUGGCCACAGAAAGGAAGAGAGGAAAAAGAGACACGGGUAGAGAUGUAGAUUUGUUAAAAAAACAAAAGGUUAUUUUUGUCCGUUCGUGUAAAGGAUGAUAUCUGAGGUCGAUACCGUUCGUUGUACUUAAAUUGACUUUAAGUCUGACAGUUUUGUAGCUACGUAGACACGUUAUUGGUGGGAUUAAGCCUCUGGCCUGACAGAGCGAGGCAGCUAGAGAUGCUGGUGGACUGACAGCCAAGGGCCUGGAGAACCCCACUGAAGUGCUUUAGUAGACAUAUUUAUAAGUGGUUUUUGGAGCUGUGAUCCAGAUACAGGCGUGGAUCCUACAGAAACAUACAGACAUGUGCGUGCUGGUAUUAUCAAAUUUGAUAUUGUUAAUUCUAUAAGCUAAUCGCGUUCCAAAUCACAGCAGCAGAGAGAACCAAACAUCACGCCCUUGAAUUGGAUUUUCGCACAGCUUGUUUUCCUCUUGGCUUGUUGUGAUAACCGUUACUUUGGAAAAUGUUUUUUUUAAUUUGUAUUAAGUCUUUUUUAGUCUUGUCUGUUAUCUUUUUUAUUAUGGACAGGGAAAUAUCAUGCUUGCUUUUAAAAAACAAAUGUAAAUAAUGUAUAUUUUUCUACAAAAAGACUUACAAAGCACUCACUAGUGAAUAGCACUUAAUGAUGGUAUUUAUAUUUUUAAGAAAUUGUAUUUAUUUUAUUGCCAUUUUUGUAGGAAAUAGAGGUUUACAAACACUAAUGCUUGGUCUCUAUGUUUUGUAUUCCGCUGCCUUUUCAACGUUUUUUUUAAUUUUUAUUUUAGUCUUUUAUUUGUAGCCUGAAUGUUUUCUUUGAUUCCAAAGACUGACACUGGUCUGUGGCUUGGUCCGUUGAGUUCAGUCCACCAGUUGCUCUUUUAUCUAUCCCGGGCCGUUGGGUCGAAGCUGACGUUAUUUUUAAUUGUUCUAGUUCCAGCUGGCAGUAUGGCAGUCGAGAACUAUUAUUAUGCACUUGAGAGAGUUAAGAUUGUUGAUCCCUAGCCGAUAUCUCCUCUCUCCAGCCUUAUUGUCUCCACACCACAUCACGUCGAGAAUCAAGUCCACUUACAGGCUGCUGCUACCAGGCAGUCUUAUCAAAACGAGUUGUUUUUUUUUCCUUUUCAUUAACCGGCCAUGGACCCACAGCUUGUUCCACCAAACGGUUUUAUCCCUCUGUAGAAUGAAAACAAAGAGGUGCCUUUUUAUUUUCAACAUUUGAACCCCUGUCGAGCCAAUCUGUUUAUUAAAGAAGCCACUCGUUUAGAAAUCACUUCCAAGUCUCUCGUCCACUGUCCUCGUGGUUUGCCUUCGUUGGUACCGAGCACGCCUCCUUGAUCUUGAUCUGAAUAUUUCACUGGAAGGUUUAGAAUGACUGGUCUCACAACUACUCAAGUUAACGUCUUUGUCCCUUUUUAAAAAAACGAAUUCAUGUUGUCGAACCGUUCGUACUGACUUUGUCGUCACCUAAAGGCCGUUUGCAGAUAUUCCCUCAACUGACGACCCAUACAUGAUUUGCACUUUAGCUGUGACACGGGCACUGAACAGACAUAGGAAAACGCUUUUCUUUCCCCCGACAGACGAUACCGACCCGAUGCUGAAACCACGAGCACAGACGGUCACUGAGAAUACUUUGCGUUUGUGCAUCAGGCCCCGAAAUAAAACCCGAGGUCGGUCAUCAUGACCUUGUCUCGAUGAUGACUCAAAGAGACGUUCGAGGCUCUAGCCAAGUGCACUUGACUCUAUUUUUUAAAAUUAUUUUUCCUGCAAAGAAGUGAAGGCAGGGACCACGCCAGCAGCCCUCUCCUUCUCCUGAAGGCGCGGCGUGUACAAGCGCCGGCUGUGCCUUUCCCCCAACCCUCCACCCCCGCCUCUCCUUUCUGACCCUGACCCUUCAACCCGACCUGGCCGGCCGCGCGGUUGUACAGCUGCGCCUCCGUCGGGCUCGCCGAGUUCAGCUGCUAAGGUCAACGAUGAAUGUAUAUUCCUUUCACGUCACCGGAUGGUGUUGACGCCUCGUCAACCACGUUUGUUGUAUGUGUGUGUGUCGAUAACCCCGGUAGAGAUAUGAUCCAUACGUAGAUACGACCUCAAACUGGGCAGCGACGGGUUUUUUUUUUCUUUUUUUUUUCGUUUCAGCACUGGGCAAAUCACUGAAGUGGGAACAGCGGCGGCAACAAGUUCCCACUGGGCGAGCUCCACGCUUCACGCUAGCGUCGGUGACGACACGUUUACUGAUGCCGAGGGCUCUGUCUGCGCCUCUCACUCCUCGAGAUCCACUUUGACUUUUCAGUGAACAAUGAGUCAUUUAUUGCACUGUCAGACGGCAUAUAUACAAUAAGGAAAUGGUCUGUGUUGUUUCUUUGGACUUCAUUUUACCGCGCCACACCAGUGGCCCUUCUCCGUCGUUAUCUGUAAUUAUAGUAUAAAUACAUAACAAUAUUAUACGGAAACAUGCAUAGCAACUUCUUGUUCUUUAGUAUCUAUACAAUAUAUGGAAUGGACAAACAAACUUAGUUACAGUAGCAAAACAGCAGAUUUAUAACGGUUACUAGAAUUGUUUCAAUGUACUCUAUAAUGGUUUUGUGUUACAGUACUAUCAGAUGAAACUAACGUGCAUCAUUCUUUUUGUAUAUUGAUAUCCAGUACCAGUUUUGCUGUGCCUGUGAGUGCUCCCUCGACCGUGAGGAGCACUGCAGUUUUGAUUUUCAAAUGUCUUCUCUGGAAAGGAACCUUUUCUUUACGUAAUGAGAAAUGUAAUUGUAUUAACGUGGUUGUAAAACUUCUUGAGGUCAGCCAUUUUGUUUUGUUUUUCCUCCCCCCUCUGGUUGUUGUAGUGAAUGUUUUAUUUUAUUUUUCUUUGAAUUUUUAAACAGGGAUUUUUUUUAGACUGCUUACUUGAUGUGGUAUAAAUUAAGAGUUUGGUCCGUGGAGACUGUCCAGGAGUUUUAAAGAUCCCACCAAAAUGGCAUUCCCCCCCCCCCCCCGACGACCUCUUUCACCUCCGAAGCUUUUGUUGUACUCAUAAAAAGUCAUAUUGCUGAGAUAAUGCCGAUGUUGAAAAACAUUUCGUUUAUUUAUUUUGUGCAACUUCAACCAUGAAUUGUUCUUUUACAAGUCAAGGUUUGGGAGAGGUCUUGACGAGUACAGAACGUGUAUUUGUAAUUUUCUAAUUGUUCAGUGUGUAUAGAAGCUAUCAGCCUCGGCUGGGACGUGGUGUCACAGAGGGAGCGGAGCGAAGGACGUGCAAAAAAGAGGGAUCAUGGAUCACGAACAGGCUUGUUUCGUAUGCCUUGAAAUAUACCUUUUGUCUCAUCAAUAUUCCUCCUGCUCUCUGUAAAAAUGGUAUUCAUGAGUUCGACAGUCAUAUUUUAUCCCGUGUUCUUUCAAAACACACCCACGAAAUGAAGGAAAACCACCACAGUGAAAAUAAACCACAAACUACUUGGUUGAAUGUAUAAUUAGGAAAAAAAGUUGUAUAUAAGUGUAAAAAGAAAAGUUUCUAAUCAUGUUUAUUUUCUAUGCACUUUUUUAUUUAAGUGAUAGUUUAAAUAAUAAACAUGUCUCCUUUACUU